CUGCAUCCUCUUGUUACUCCAUCCUUCUUAUUCCUGCAGAAGGAACUGGUCAUAAUUUUGAGCCAGUGCAACUGUACUGUUUUUAUUGUACUUCUCCAAGUUUUGAAAGCCUGAAAUGAAGUUUUCUUGAUGCUCUGCAAGCCCUUCCUGCAAGAGGCCUACCAUCCACAGUGCGAGGAGGAACUGGUUUCUCACAUACAAUAAAAUUAAUGUGAAACUGCCUGGAAAACCAUUGCCAGGGAACUUGACAGUGGCUCACUGUUCAGCUGAAAGAAUUUAUCAAGUGGCUGCUGUGGCUCUGAUGUAAAGCAGUACGUAUACGGAGGCUGGGCCUGGGCUUGGUGGUGCAUUACUGACACCCAAAGACUGUCUUUGGAGGUUAUGACCAUCCUCUGUCGCUGUGAGAAUAUUGAGACGUCGGAGGGGGUCCCACUGUACGUAACAGGGGUUGCACAGGUGAAGAUAAUGACUGAGAAGGAGCUCCUGGCUGUGGCCUGUGAGCAGUUCUUGGGGAAGAACGUGCAGGAUGUGAAGAACGUGGUCCUUCAGACGCUAGAGGGGCAUCUGCGCUCCAUCCUAGGAACCCUGACGGUGGAGCAGAUCUACCAGGACAGGGAUCAGUUUGCCAAGCUGGUGCGGGAGGUGGCAGCUCCCGAUGUGGGUCGCAUGGGUAUCGAGAUCCUGAGCUUCACCAUCAAGGACGUCUAUGAUAAAGUGGAUUACCUGAGCUCCCUGGGCAAGACUCAGACUGCGGCCGUGCGAAGGGACGCAGACAUCGGUGUGGCAGAAGCCGAGCGAGAUGCUGGUAUUCGGGAGGCAGAGUGCAAGAAAGAAAUGCUGGAUGUCAAGUUCAUGGCAGAUACCAAAAUAGCAGAUUCCAGACGGGCUUUUGAAUUGCAGAAAGCUGCCUUCACUGAGGAGGUCAACAUUAAGACUGCGGAGGCCCAGCUGGCCUACGAGCUCCAGAGCGCCCGGGAGCAGCAGAAGAUCCGCCAGGAGGAAAUUGAAAUCGAGGUGGUGCAGCGCAAGAAGCAGAUCGAUGUGGAAGAGAAAGAGAUCAUCCGGAUGGAGAAGGAGCUGAUUGCCACCGUGAAGCGGCCGGCCGAGGCCGAGGCCUACCGCAUCCAGCAGAUCGCCGAGGGCGAGAAGGUGAAGCAAGUCCUCCUUGCUCAGGCGGAGGCGGACAAGAUCCGCAAGAUCGGAGAAGCGGAGGCCUUUGUGAUCGAGGCCAUCGGGAUGGCGGAGGCCGAGAGGAUGAAGUUGAAGGCUGAAGCGCUCCAGAAGUACGGAGAUGCUGCCCAGCUGGCUCUCGUGCUGGAUGCUCUGCCUGAGAUCGCUGCCAAAGUGGCUGCUCCCCUUUCCAAAGUGGACGAGAUCGUUAUUCUCGGCGGAGAGAACAACAACAAGACGGCGGAGGUGAACCGUCUGCUGGCCGAGAUCCCCGCCUCCGUGCGCGCCAUCACUGGUGUGGAUCUCACAAAGAUUCCCCUGAUCCAAAAAGUCACUGGGACCCAGGCAUGAGGCUGGUCAGCCCGAAGCCGGUGAAGAUGACCCCCUGUUAUGCACUCAGACAUCAACUGCCUUCAACACGUGGGAAUUCCUUUUAUAUCAAAGACAAUCGGAGUUUCGUUUUUGAGCUCUGGUGCCUUAUUUUGUAGGGCCAGAAAGAUGCAUGUCCAAUCAAGCCACUGUUUUUAUUACAAAGGGUGGGAGGGGAUUUAUUUUGUAAUUAAACGGUAAAUUAUAUCGGGCUGGGGUUUGGAUCUGGCAGCUUGUCUGGUGUUGCAGUCCCGGUGCCUUGCUGUUCUCUGUCCUCAGGUGACCGCCCAGAGCUCCGAGCAGAGGCUUGGUGGGACGUGGAGUAUGGAGCUGUGGGAAGAGAACAGCCAGGACCCACCUCCCCUGGGCUCCCUGCCCUCCCGUAGCCACCCUCCUGGGCACUGCCCAACCUCUGCCUCUGCCCACAAGCUGGUUUUUGUCUGGCUUUCUCCCUCUGAGUGUCUCACCCACAGGGCCCCCCCAGUGCUGGCUGUCCUGCCCAGGUUGGACUCCCUGGAGGUGACAGUCACAGUCCUGGGAGGGUGACAAUCAGGGACCGUCGAUGCCCGCUCCCGUGCUGCCUUCCCUCGGGCAUGUUUCCUCCUGGGGUCUGGAGGUGGGAGAGCUUUUAGGGGGGGCUGAUGGAGCGUUAUUGGAGGGAGCCCAACUCAGCCCUGCUCUGAGCCAGGCUUGGUGAGGUCCCGCCACCAGCAAUGCCAAAAAGCUGUGCUGUACCAAAGCCACCCCAUCCUCCGAGAGGGAGGUGAGACCCCUGAGGCUGCUGUCCCCGAGUGCCAUGGGACACCUUGCCCCCCAUAACUGCUAAUGCCACGGAUAAAGGGGCACAGAGAAGCCAGGCAGGGCACUGCCGUGGGGACAGGGCAGGGUUCUCCACCGCCGUGGCCUGUCCAGCUGGCCAGGGACCAGUGCUCCUGGGGCUGUGGCUGUGACAAGCAGCCCUGCUGGCCCCCUGCCUCUUAUGGCCAGUGGCUUUGCUGCCCUGAUGACAAUGUGAAAGAGGUUGUCCCCUGUGUGUGUGUCCCACACUCCCUACAGUGCCAUGGGGGCUCUGUGCUGGCCCGUGCCCCUUCCCCCCCGUCUUGUCCCCUGUGCUCAGUGUGGCUGUAGCAGCCAAAACCAUGUGUCAAGUCAGCCCAGUGGGGUUUUGGUGACCUGUGCUGGUGCUGGGGGUCCCUUUGCCCUUCACCCACAGCUCGGUGCCACCCUCCCCAUUGCCAUAGGGUGAGCACAGGUCCCCCCCUCUGCCCUCCUGGCCAUAACCCCGGUACUGGCCAGUCCCUUGGCCAGGAGUGACCCGCUGUGGGGCCAAAUGGGUGCCGUGGGGCCAAAUGGGUGCCAUGGGGCUGCCGGCACCCCAUUCCCCCUUCUCUGCUGCCGGGGGGUGGGGAGGACCGGCCUUAUCAGCCCCUGGCUUGUGCUGGUCCCAGGGGGCCACCGGCACAGAUCUGGCGCUCGCCGGUGGGUGUGCCGGGCGAGGCCCACUAUCUGCAUGUGCGUGUGCAUGUCUGUGUCCCCCCCCUGUCACUGCUGUACGAUAAUAAAGCCUUGUCACCACCUG